AUUACGGACUUCAAAUCAAACUAUUUUAGAAAGUUGUAGGAUGAUUAUCCUCGAUCUCUCGGUCUAGCAAACAGUGGGGAAGAAGAAGGAAGUGAGAAUGAGUCCUGCAAGAAUAACUGUGAACUGGAAGCACACUAUCCUCUACUUAACCCUAAUCAUAUCUCUUAUCUACUCCAUCGAAACCCUAAUCUCGCACAAACUACAAGUCAACCACAACCAAAUCCGCCUCAAAAGGUCUCCGAAUCUCCCUCUACGGUUCCGCGACGACGGCACCUUCAAAAUCCUCCAGGUUGCGGAUAUGCAUUUCGGGAUGGGUAGCAUCACUCGAUGCAGAGAUGUGACGGAUGCAGAAUACGGUUACUGUUCUGAUCUCAAUACCACUCAGUUCCUUCGGAGGAUGAUUGAAGCUGAGAGACCCGAUCUCAUCGCAUUUACUGGGGAUAAUAUAUUUGGAUCAAGCACUACUGAUGCAGCUGAAUCUCUUCUUCAAGCCAUUGGUCCAGCCAUUGAAUAUGGAAUCCCAUGGGCUGCCAUUUUAGGAAAUCAUGACCAGGAGUCCACUAUGAACCGUGCAGAGCUGAUGACUUUCCUCUCGCUUAUGGAUUUUUCCGUCUCUCAAAUCAAUCCACCUCUCCAAGAUGGCUCGGAAAGAGGCGCAUUGAGAUCAAUUGAUGGCUUUGGGAAUUACCGCCUCAGAGUACACGGUGCACCUGGUUCUGUUCUGUCAAAUAGCACCGUCUUUGACCUCUUCUUUCUUGACAGUGGAGAUAGAGAAACUGUCCAAGGUAGACGAACAUAUGGAUGGAUCAAGGAUUCUCAACUUAGUUGGCUUCAAGAUGCUUCUAAACAGGGUCUUAACCAGAACAUGGGAAACGUUCCCAGUAAUCCUGAUCCAGCGCUAGCCUUCUUCCACAUUCCAAUCCCGGAAGUCCGUGAUCUGUGGUACACACCCUUUAUUGGCCAGUUUCAGGAGGGUGUGGCAUGCUCCAUCGUGCAAUCAGGAGUCUUAAGUACCUUUUUGUCCAUGGGAAAUGUAAAAGCCGCGUUCAUAGGACACGACCAUGUCAAUGAUUUCUGCGGAAAUCUAAAAGGAGUCUGGUUUUGUUACGGUGGAGGAUUUGGAUACCAUGCAUAUGGAAGACGAAAUUGGCACAGAAGAUCGCGACUGAUUGAGGCUAAGCUCGGGAAAGGAAAAGACACGUGGACAGGAGUUCAACGUAUCAAGACGUGGAAACGUCUAGACGAUGGAGACUUGUGCAAGAUAGACGAACAAGUCCUAUGGGAAGCUUCCUACUCGUUUCUGAAGUGACCUAGGGACAAGGCAAAUAAGGUAUAUUGAUUUCUUUUUUUCAUGAUUGCCCAUCUUUUCGAUGUUUUGUAGUUUUGUGUAAGAAAUUUCUGAGUCUAAUGCUUUUAGGCUUCUGGUCAUACUUAAUGUCAUGCAUAUGUGUCUGUUCGUUGUUAAAACGUUUUUCAGAUGGUCAUAAUGUGAGAUCCUAUUCAGUA